UCCAAGAAAAAUCAAUAUCAAAUUUAGAUCGGCGUAGCCCUGUAGAUAUUUUCUUAUCGAUCUUUAUUUGCUUACAUCCUACAUUGAAACAAAAAGUAUGUUUAAAAAUGUUUGCAUGUCAUCUGGCGAUACCAAUAAUUUUUCCCGUCAAAGAGCACAAACACAAGGAAACCAUUUUAAUGUUUUCGAUGUGGCCUCUUCGGUCAAUAACGGUUCACGAUGGAAAAACAGAUACAAGCAUAGUAAACUGUAAACAAAAUAUUGUGUCAUUUAUAAGAUUAGGACGUCCACAAAUAUCGAAAUCAAAACUUGCAAAUGAACUUUUGUAUGGCACAGCUCACAAUGCAUUCUUCAAUUACGAUUGCAUAUUGGGUUCGAGUGAGAAACAAGCAAGUGUCGGGCUUGUUGAGGCUUCCUGGUUUUUACCUUCUCCAAAGCAACCUAGGAAUUUGCAACGAGUUACAAUAUUUCUAAAUCUAAGAGGCGAUGCGUUAAACAAUGCAGAGCAAACAGAAUAUUUGAAAAGUGUAUCGCAUGUCAUGAUAAUAGUCACUGACAAAGAAACAAUGAAAAACAAAAAAGAUUUGGAUUACUUUAAACGUGCUCAUUUCAAUGUGUUGUUUCUCCUUACAGGAGAAGUGUCAAAAGAUUUUAUAAGGAAGUAUAAACAAUAUUACAUGGACUCAAGUCCAGAUGGUUUUAACGCCGAGUUUAUUUCAGGAUCCGAACAUUGUAAAAACAUCGGUUUAUCAGAAGUUAAAGAAGCUAUUGCAAAUAAAAUUGGACCAUUGCUUAAUGGCAUGAGUUCUGCUAAAACUAUACAGGAAAUGUGUGAGCAAGCGAGAACGAUGGGUAUAACUGUAGAUGAGGAUAUGCCCAAAUACAAAAACGGAAGAAAAGCAGCAAAUAAAAUUUUUGACCAGGUAAAAGAUUGUCCUCUUGCAGAUAUCAAGGUGAAAUAUACACCAUUACAAAAAGAAAAUUGGCAAAUAUAUACUGAUGUUAUGAAAUCAUAUCGCAAGCCAGGUUCUGAUUUUCAAGAAAAAGCAAAGUUGGAGCAGAAAAUGAUAUUACAACAAACAAAACAAUGGGAUAGUUUCAAGACUGGAAAACCAUUUAUUAAAGACUUCAUAUCAAUACUUUUAACACUGGAUGGUGACAGUUUGGUUUCUUUUUUAGACUCGUUAAAAUUUGAGUUAGAUGAAAAAUCUAGAAGGGAAAUGCCAAACUAUCGCGAACGUUAUGCAGCCGCAUGGAAUGCAUGUCAAUCCAAAGCAGAAGCUGAUAAAGCUCGAGCCCAACAGGAAGUCAGUAAAGCUGAACAGCAUCUCAGCGAAGCGUCGUUUGGUAUCGAACAUAUUUUCCGUGAAUUGGGUCAAAUUUAUGAGGCGAGUCUGAUGGCAAAUGACAAGGAGUUGUGUACGAACUUAGCCAAAGCAGUAGCAAGGUCAAUUAAACUAGGCUGCCCGUUUGAGUUGAUGGAUGGUGAUGUAGCAAAUGUUUCACUGAAAUGGGUAGAACGAGUCUUUGCAGAACUUCAACAUAUGCUAGGUGACAAAAGGUUACUCACAUUGUCUAUUCUUGGACUUCAAAGUUCAGGUAAAUCAACAUUACUUAACGCGAUGUUCGGUCUGACAUUUUCAGUAAGUGCAGGUCGAUGUACCCGUGGUAUUUAUGUACAACUUUUUCCUGUACGAAAACAAAAGUUUAAAUUCGACUAUGUCCUUGUAGUCGACACAGAAGGAUUACGGGCACCAGAACUGAGUGAUCAGAAAUAUCAGCAUGAUAACGAACUAGCAACCUUAGUUUUAGGAAUGGCAGACAUAACCAUUGUUAAUAUAAAGGGCGAAAAUACCAGCGAAGUAAAAGACAUUUUACAGAUUUGCGUCCAUGCAUUCCUUCGAUUAAAAAUGGCAAACCAAAGUCUACAAUUGCGCCAGUCAUGCAUUUUCAUACAUCAAAAUGUUUCUGAUGUUGGAGCUAAAGAUUCUAUGAUACAUGCAAGAAAAAAAAUUGCCGAAACAUUAGAUAGAAUGACACUGGAGGCGGCAGAGGAAGAAUGCAUCAGCGACAUAAAAUGUUUCAAAGACGUAAUCAAAUUUGAUAGCAAUCACCAUGUAUGGUACUUUUCAGAUUUGUGGAAAGGGGAUCCACCCAUGGCCCCUGCUAAUCCUGGAUACAGUAGGGAUGUCCGGCAAGUAAAAUCUUUUAUAUUUGAAACACUGACUCAAAACAAGGAUUCUUAUCUGACAAUUUCCGAUAGCUUUGUUCACAUAAAAGACUUAUGGAACGGUAUAUUAGCAAAUGAUUUUAUUUUCAGUUUUAGAAAUAGUUUAGAAAUAAGAGCAUACAAUGCACUGGAAAUCAUUUACCAGGAUUUAAUCUGGAAAUUAGAGAGAUAUGCAAAACAUCUUACAAACAGUGCCGAAAUCGAAAUGAAACAGUGUACUGCUGAUUGUGAAACGGACAUAGUCAAAGGUCGUGGAAUAGAUCAAUAUACAGGCCAUAUACACAAUAAAUAUCCCGAUGAUUUCCAAAAAAAACAAUCGGAACUGAAGGGAAAUUUGAAGAAUUAUUUUAAAAAGGGUGACAAAAAAGAUGAAAUUACAAAAUGGAAACACAGCAAACUUUUGGCAUGGGACUUGUUUGCUGUAGAAUGCCUGGGUAAGCUCAAAAGACAGCUAACGGAUAUUGAAUCACACUGUAAAGUUGAUUACGAAAUGAAUACCUCUCUUACAACCUUACAAAACGAAAUUUACGACCAGGCAACAACCCUAGCUGAACAUAUGAAAGGUAAGCGACUUUCUCCCCAAGAUAUGGAGACAGGUUUCAAUGAAAUGUGGGAUAAAUGGAUAAGGAAAAUCUAUGUUCAAGAAGAACACUGUAUUGAAGUCAAAGUGGUAUUGAAAUCAAUUUUAUUCGCAACGUUCAACAAGCAUCAGGAUGUUGUCGAAACCGAGAUAAAGAAGCAUCCUCUUGGUCACCAUCCAUCAUUCACAACCUUAGAAAACAGCCUGAACGACAUUGGGUUUGAUCACAAUUACAUCAGCGUAAAAACGACCUUUUUUAAACGCAUGAAGAACGUUUUGCGAUCCGGUUCAGAAAUUGAAUCUGAGAUAUAUAAUGAAGCUAUCGACUUCACCAAUAUAAUACUCAAAGACAUAGAUGUGAUAUUCAGAGAUCUUAAAAAAAGGGAGUGGAAAUUUGAUGCGACGGAAAUGAAAGAAAUCCCUAAACGUAUUAUGCGACAUAUAUAUCGACACAACCAUGAUAAAAGCAAGACCUUUACACUUCUCGAACCUUACACAGUAACACUUUGUGUACAUGUGUUUCGAUACGCUCUCCCGUUGUUAGAAAGACUUGAUUUAGAAUACAGGAAAAAAUAUAGCAUGAAAGCUAAAUUGAGCAAUCAUAAAGCGCUCGCUUGGCGCCAUUUUAAGGAUGUUGUUGAUGAAAAGUCAGCUACCUUGAUUGCUUGUGACAAAUUUUGUGAAAUUAUUCGGAAUCAUGUUGAGGAAAAAAUUAAACGCUCUCUUCCAGAUUUGCUAUAUGAUCAUAUAGUUACGGAUUCCAUGAAAGCAAAGUAUGUAUUAAUAAAUCGUAUUAUGGAAGAUCUUGUAAAGAUAAACAAAUUAAAAGCGUUCAUGAGUUAUAUUCAUGAUCCUUACACUUAUGCAUUCGAAUGGUUAUCAGAAUACAUUGAUAGUAAGUGUUUUGGACGUUCGGGAAACAUGUAUAUGGAUAAGGUAUCGGCAGAACUGCAGACUACAUUCGAAGUUAUUAAAAAAAGUGUUGAAAAGAAAUCGGCUUCGUGUUUACAUGAUUGGCUGAUAAAUGUACAAAGUGAGAUGAAGAAGGGUAUGGUAUGGAUUCAAAUGGAGUCAUUAGUUGUAGUUGAGAACCAAAAGAUAACAGAUUUAAACGAUUUCAUUGCAACUGUCAAAAGAAAACUUGAACAGGUGCGCUCAGAACUAAAAGGCAAGUUUCAAAGCGAGACAGAAACAUCAAUCAGAUG